AAUUUAUCCGAAGCAAUGGCGUUCGUGGUCCGUUGCUGCUGCGUCCUCACCGGUCCAAACUCCGGUCACAUUGGCCGGCGAUCUCGGCCAUCCGGAAAGUCUUACGUUUCCGGGAGGUUGGCUUUUCCAUUCGAAAUGGGAAAGUUUGUGUCAUGCUUUGGAGAUAAUUCCAGUGGACCAACUGGGAUUUUCCACAUAUUGCAGCCCGGCAGGCCUGGGCAUCUGGGGUUCCGGGAUAUUGAGAUUGCUAAGCCAGGAAGGACUGGUGAUAUUGAUCAAGUGCCAACAGAUAAUGGCACCAUUACAGAACACUUAUCUGCUCAUCAGGGAAUGGUGCUAUUCAGAUUCCCAGCAACUGCACUCGCUGUCACCAAUGCCUUGCUGUUGACUAUACCUUUUGAAGCUUUGGCAGAAACGUGUGAGGCUGAGAGCUCUUUUUUUAACAUGCCUUUGCUAUCAUUUGUUGCCCUUAUAGGAGCCACUGUUGGAGGACUGCUUGCACGACAGAGGAGAGGAGAACUGCAGCGGGUGAAUGAACAACUCCGCCAGAUCAAUGCAGCUCUGAGAAGGCAAGCUAAGAUCGAGUCCUAUGCCCCCAGUCUGAGUUAUGCUCCUGUUGGUAGUAAAAUACCUGAGAAUGAAGUAAUCAUCGAUCCGAAGAAGGAGGAGUUGAUUUCUUGUUUGAAAGCUGGGAAGAACUUUCUGAGGAACCAAAAUCCAGAGAAAGCGUUUAUGGAGUUUAAGACAGCUCUUGAGCUUGCUCAGACACUUAAGGAUCCUACUGAGGAGAAAAAGGCUGCAAGAGGUUUAGGGGCUUCACUACAAAGGCAAGGUAAGUACCGAGACGCCAUUAAAUACCAUUCUACGGUUCUGGAAAUCUCUAAGCGGGAAGGGGAGAACUCUGGCAACACGGAAGCUUAUGGGGCAAUUGCUGAUUGUUACACUGAGCUUGGAGAUCUUGAGCGGGCCGGGAAAUUUUAUGACCAGUACAUUGCAAGGUUAGAGAAAGAUUGAUCUGGCUCUUAAUUUAGUUGUUUUUCAUUAAUAAUGUAGUGAGGCUGUUGAAUUAGUGGUGUUUGCGGAUAGCUCGAAGACCAAAGAAUGAGGAACGGUUUUUGUAUCUCUAUAUCUCCACGCAUUUUGACUUCAUUUCUGGAAUCAUACUAAUGAUUUUUCAGAGCGACCCUUAAAACCAUCCAGUGGGUUCAGUGACAUGCUGCCCAAACAAAUGGAACCCUUAUGUACUAUCAUGCUAAAAUGGAGAUGCUUGAAAAUAUUUUCUCUGCA